UAAAUACUAAUAUUCCUUGUGUUUCACUUCACAUAAGCUAAUCAUAACCAAAAGCAAUUUUACUAAUCCAGCAAAGAAACUGUUGGAUUCAGAAAUUGCAACUAUUGCUCACUUGUAUUUAUUAAAACCACACACACUUGUCACGUAUUAUAAACACAAAAAAAUGAAGGCGCCACCGUCUUCCUCCGCCGCUCUCCUCCGCAAGGGGCGGCUGUCGCCGUACCUUUUCACCCUUCUCGCUUUCAUUUUGUUCGUCACGAUCCUCUACGGCGAGGACUUCAGCUGCAUCUUCGGUGGCCAAUUCGAGGACUACCGCCCAUACCCGAGCUUGUCGUCGCCAACAAAAUCAAAGAAGAAGGAUGAAAAGCUGGCUUUCGCCUUGGGAGAGGGCGAAAGCGGCUGUGACAUCUUCAGCGGGCGGUGGGUGUGGGACGACCGCCACCCGCUCUACGAGGAGGCCGACUGUCCGUACAUCCAGCCCCAGCUGACGUGUCAGGAGCACGGCCGCCCCGACACCGACUACCAGCAUUGGCGAUGGCAGCCUCACGCCUGCUCUCUCCCAAGUUUCAACGCGACAUUAAUGCUGGAAACUCUUCGAGGCAAGAGAAUGAUGUUCGUUGGGGACUCUCUGAACCGGGGCCAGUUCGUCUCGAUGGUCUGUCUCGUCCACAAGAUCAUACCCGAAGACCGGAAAUCUAUGACUACCAAGGGUUCGCUGACGAUUUUCUCAGCCAAGGAUUACAACGCGACAAUUGAAUUCUACUGGGCGCCAUUUCUCCUAGAGUCGAACUCGGAUGAUGCAAUCGUGCACAGAAUAAGCGACAGGUUGGUGAGGAAGGGGUCCAUCAAUAAGCACGGGAAGCACUGGAAAGGAGUCGAUAUAAUGGUGUUCAACACGUAUCUCUGGUGGAUGACUGGCCUCAACUUCAACAUACUACAACAAACCGUGGGCAGCGAAGACACAGACAUAGCAGAGGUGCCAACAGAGGAUGCCUACCGGAUGGCCAUGAAAACGAUGCUGCGAUGGGCCAAGAGAAACAUGCAUCCGAACAACACCCGAGUGUUCUUCACCAGCAUGUCGCCUACCCACGCAAAGGCGAUCGACUGGGGAGGGAGCGAGAAGGGAAACUGCUACAAUCAGAGUGAAAUGAUAGAUGAUCCAAACUACUGGGGAUCAGACAGUAGGAAGAGUGUGAUGAAUGUGAUAGGGGAAGUGUUUAGGAAGUCGAGGUAUCCGAUCACGUUCCUCAACAUCACGCAGAUGUCGAGCUACAGAAAGGAUGCACACACAUCCAUUUACAAGAAGCAAUGGAACCCCUUGACACCGGAGCAGCUCGCCAAUCCGGUCAGCUACGCGGAUUGCACGCAUUGGUGUUUGCCUGGCCUUCAAGAUACUUGGAAUGAGCUUCUUUUUGCUAAGCUUUUUUAUCCAUGAUUCAUGGAUGCUUUCAACCAUCCCAAUUUGUAUAGUCAUUUAUUCUUGGCCUUCGACACAAAUUUUAUUUAUUUUUUUUAAACAAAAAAAUUCUCCAUUAGCUCAUAUGAGAAGAUAGAAGUAAAGAACUACUAGAGAUUGUAUCCCGUUGUUUAAAUUAUGCUACUACUUUAUUAUUUAUAAGUUAAACAAAAUCAAAAUCAAAAUCUGAAUUAGCUUA